AUGUGGUUCGACAGCACAAAACCGAUAUUUCGAAGUAGAUGUGCAAAUUCUACAGAACGACCUGAACUUAAGUGGGGUCAAAUAUUUCAUCACGAUUCGUCAUUCGAGGAGAUAGCUUAUACUUGCAAUAAACCUUCGUGCGCUUCACAAUCGACAUCGGAAAGUAUGAUUGAAAUGAUUCAAUAUGAUUAUGUUUUACCCUUGAAUGUCAUGAUACCACCAGUCACCACAACUGCACGAUCAUCCGCGCCAUCAAAAAUAACACCAAAACCAACUUUCACAUCUUCAACGUCAACUUCAGUGUCUACUUCAGCAAAAACCGAAGCUGGAUUCGUUCAUCUAAAUCAAACUGAAAAAAUCAUUUUUGGACUUUUAUCCCUUUUUCUUAUUGUGCGACUUUAA